AUGGCUCAGAUCGAGCACCACUUUACCGUCUUCAUCCGGCUGCCCUUCAACCGCGGCGACUUCAUUGAUCCACCACCCGUAGCAUGGUCGGCCACAAAGGAGAGUGCACUAUGGAACAUCAUAUCCCGACAAUCCAAAGGAAACGAGAUCGACUGGCGCUCCUUAUCUGAGCAAUUCGAAGUCAGCCAGUCAUUCCUCCUGCAACAAGCCGCGUGGCUCUACGAGCGCCAACUAUCUCAAGUUCGAGCACAAAUGCGACGAGUCGGUGGACGACAGUCUGCAACACCAUCUCCGGUCCCUGGCUCGGUGUCGGCAAGCAUGGUUGGUGGCCAGGCAAUGAAGCGAGCAGGGAGCGGCGGAUCACGUGUCCCGUCCAGGCUAUCAACACAGGCAGCAGGAAGUCCCAUUGCUACCGGAGGCGACAGCGUGCCUGGAACUCCCGGGGCGAAGGUCAGGACGUUUCUGCCAUUCAGAAGCGCUUCGAACCAAGGAGCCGGUCCUUCACAGCCACGCGUGCCACCAGGUAGUUCCCGACCAAUUUCGCGACAAUCGUUCAAAGACGACCCUCUAACUCAUACCUCACACUCACGCAGAGGAAGCAUGCAGCAUCAAGUCGUCCGAUCACCUGUGCCUCAGAGGACGCCACAACCACAGUCAUCUGAUUCGGAAGACGAAAUGACCCAAUCGCGCAUAGCAGCUCGUCGACCAAACCCCUCGGCGAUUCAUCGUCGAGCACUAUCUCAACGCCAGAGUCAACGCAUCUCGAGCGAGCAGGCUCAGCAAGCAGCCGCAGCGUCAGACGACGACAACGACGAUGAUGAAGAUGACGAGCCAUCUUUCCUUCCAUUUGCGACACCCAACUCAAACACAAACACGAACGAGGCCAAACCAAGCGGUGCGUCCUCGUCCCAACAAGAUCCCAGCGCGACUCUCCGGGGCAAUUUACAUGUUCAUACCCCAGGAUCCCCGGCAACUACCGGUCGUCCGAACGUGAUAAGACGCAUCACAAGCGAACGCGUGAGCUCACCGACCAUCGAACCACCGACGCCCAUAGCGCCCGCGCGCAAGCAAGACACGGCCUCCUCGACCUCCUCGUUGUCGUCGCCCACUAACAUGUCACGAGAGCCCAGUAGCAUGGCUGCACCCCAGCCACCACCGCCAGCAUCCGGCCAACAACAGUCCCAGUCAACCGCCACCAAUAACCCUCGAUUAGGCAACCCUUUGUCCCCGCCGCACCGUGCGCUGCUACAGUCGUCGCCGCGCCGUGGUCCCGGGUCCGACACGUCGCCAAGCAUGGGCUCCUCGUUCUCUGAUCUCGACGAUGCGAGCGUAACACAGAGUGCCCUCGAGGAAGCACUACUAAGCGGGAUGGGGAACACAACCAUGACCAUGCCCGGAGGUGGCGUGGCGGGCCGAGUAAGUGGGAUCAGCCAGGCUUUGCGGAGUAGGUACUUUGAGGCAAGGGGCGAAGGACAACGAGGUGGCGGUGGUAACAACGGAGUUAGUGAGCGCUAG